UUAGCUUUCAAAUAGUUUAUAUAUAAAAAGAGGUAACAAUUAAAACUGUGAUCAGAUUGAUUAUUGCAUCUUGGCGUCAGUCCAAGUAUCAGAAGAAAUUAAAUCGCACCAGUUAAUCAUGAAGUCAUUAAUUGUAUUUACCCUUGUUAUUGCCUCCGCUUUUGGCUCCAGUCAAGUUAAUCAACUUUUGGACCAAUUGGACGAUUUGUUGAUCGCUGCUCAUUCCUCCAAGAAUAUCAAAGCCCUCGAAUCAAUUGAAGAUGCCAUUGAUUCCCUUACCUUUUCCGCUGCUCGACUCCAAACCGCUAGUGCAGAUGAGGCCAAAAUUUACCAACAAGCUAUCGAUGAUGUAGAAAAAGAUUUUCCCGCUCUCGAAAAAUUGGUCAAGUCAACAAUUAAAUCUCGAGGAUGGAUCACCAGCUCUUUGAGUUUCGUCGCCUCAAGUGUUACCGGUGCUUUCACUAAGGUCACCAGUAUCUUUGACACUCUUAACAAGAGCGGCUUCGGUGGUUUAAUCGCAAUCUUCCAACCCUACAUUGAUCAACUCCAACAAAACGGUCAAGUUAAGAAUAUCAUUUCUGGCCUUAAGGUCGUUGAACAAGGUCUCUAUUCAUUGAACAAGAUGACCGGAGGUGCUAUCGCUCCACUUAACACCGUCACUGAUGUUCUAGCCAACAUCGACACCGCUGGUGAUUUAUUCCAAACAAUGAGCACCGCCAACUCAUCUGAAGCCAUUUCCGAUGCUCUUAUCAACACCUUGGUCAGCGCUAAAGGUUCAAACCUCGAAAAGAUUGAAAAAGGAUUAGAUUACGUUUGCAAUGGUAUGACCGAUGCUGCUAAAUCAUCAUAAACAAUUAAACAACAAUCUAAAUCUCUCUCUGUCUAAAUUGCAAUUUAACAUGUUCAAUGUUACAUCAAUUAGACAAUACAAAUGAAUUAUAUCUAAAUAGUAAAUAAAUUGUUGAUUCCAUUACAAUUUAUAUAAA